AUGUCGCAGAUUACCAAUGUGGCUGCAGGACAGGAUGUCCAGUCUACUAUUGAUCUUGGUACAGUCCAUGGUGACAUGAAGAAGUUCGAGGAUACGGACGUUGGGGUCACCGUCCUGAAUGGCAUGGUGGAUGAACUGAACUAUGAUAGCGCUGAGGCAAGAAAGGUUGUUUGGAAAAUCGACCUCUUCUUACUGCCUUUACUAGCAGUGACAUAUGUUAUUCAAUUCCUAGACAAGUCUUGCGUCUCCUAUGCCGCGCUCUGGGGCAUGCGGACCGAUGCCCAUCUCGUCGGUGACCAAUAUUCCUGGCUCACCACUGUCUUCUAUCUCGGAUACAUGGUCGGCGAACUACCCAGCAAUAUCCUUUUCCAGAAAUUCGAUAUUGCGCGCACCUGUGGUAUCUUCAUCACUCUUUGGGGUGUGGUUCUACUCUGUAUGACAGCCGCCAACGAUUUUGCCGGCCUCUUAACAGCUCGACUGUUCCUUGGAAUCCUCGAGGCCGGAGUGAGUCCUUGCUUUGUUCUUCUGACAACGAUGUUCUACAAGAGGAGUGAACAGCCUCUAAGAACUUGCAUUUGGUUCUCCAUGAACGGCGUGGCUAAUAUCUUCGGCGGCCUGAUUGGUUACGCAAUUGGUUACAUUAACGCUGCUAUCCCCGCUUGGAAAUUUCCCUUUAUCAUUUUCGGGUCUUUAACGAUUGUGUGGGGUGUGGUUUUUACGCUCUUGACUCCCUCUAAUCCUACAAACGCGAGAUGGUUGACGCAAAGGGAAAAGGCUAUUGCUGUGUUGCGGCUGGCUGAAAAUGAGACGGGKAUCGAUACCAAGGUGUGGAAAUGGGAGCAGGUCAAGGAGGCGUUUGUUGAUCCGCGGUUUUGGUUGAUGAAUUUACUUACGCUCGCCAAUACUAUUCCUAAUGGAGGCGUAUCUGCCUUUGCACCGUUGAUCGUCAACAGCUUCGGCUUCACCAAGUUUCAGUCUACCUUGCUUGGAAUGCCGUCGGGUGCUUCUCAGGUCUUGGGCCUUUGGAUAUCUGGUUACUUGGCCAUGAAGAUAAAAGGAAUCCGGCACUUCUUGAUGAUAGGUGGACUCUUGGUUGCCCUUUUGGGAGCCUCGUUGAUUUACGCCCUCCCUGAUUCAAAUCGUGUCGGCCGACUACUUGGUUAUUACCUUCUAGUAGGCUUCAGCACUACAUUCGUUCUCUCGAUCAGCCUUGUACAGUCAAAUGUUGCCGGACGAACCAAGAAGACAAUCUACAAUACUGCAUUUUUCGUGAGCUACUGCGUCGGCAACCUCAUCGGUCCCCAAUUAUUUUUCGCCCGCGAAGCUCCCCGUUACAAAUCCGGUUUCGUAUCAUGGAUCAUCUGCUUUGUUGUGCAAAUUUUCAUCGUAGCCGUGAUGUAUAUUGUCAAUCUGCGCGAGAACCGCAAGAGAGACCGCCUCUACGAAGAAGGCAAUUACGGCGAAGGACCUGGCCAAAAUGGACAUGAAGACAGAAUCGCUCUGGGGUUGUCUGAUUUGACAGAUAUUCAAAACAAGCACUUCAGGUAUGUGCUUUAA